AUGGAGCUCUCUCCUCCACCAAAUCUCUUAAUUCCUAGGAUUAGAAGUCCACAACACGUAGUAAGAUUGUGGGAUCUGAAUCUGAAUCAGAGUCCAAGGAGGUGGAGGCGGAGGCGGAGACAGAGAUGGAUGGAAGUUCCAAGAGCAACGAGUGCACUGGAACAUGCCGGGGGGAAGAUGGUGGUGGAGCUGGUGGGAGUGUUCAACGAGCUGACGGAGAGGAUGAAUGUGUUGUCAACGAGUUCUUCGCGGAUACUCUUCAAGGCUCUGAAGCUGUGCAUUCCAAUACUGCAGAACUUACCUCUCGCCCCUGAUGGCCGGCCUCCUCUCUCCAAGGCUUUGUCUGUGGCUCUUGUUCUAGCCGAUCUUCAGAUGGACGCAGAAGUUAUUUCGGCCAGUAUAUUGACACAAGUUUUUGAGGCCGGUGCAAUAACCAUACAUGAAGUCAGAUAUCGCAUAGGUACUGGUACUGCUCAUCUACUGCACGAAAGUUUGCGUGUGAAGAACAUUCCCUCAAGAAUUGAAGUUUUGGAUGAUGAUGGCGCUGCUGCUUUAAGGAAGUUUUGCCUUACCUACUAUGAUAUUCGGGCUGUGAUUCUGGACUUAGCUCUCAAGCUUGAUAUGAUGAGGCAUUUAGAUUAUCUGCCUAGAUAUCAGCAACAAAUGCUGUCUCUUCAAGUUAUGAAGAUACAUGCCCCCUUGGCUCAUGUUGUUGGAACUAACUACUUGUCAUUGGAGCUGGAGGAUCUCUCAUUUCGCUACCUUUUCCCAUAUUCAUACCUCUAUGUGGAUACAUGGUUACGCAGCCAUCAGACAGAAAGUAAGCCUCUAAUUGAUAUAUACAUUGAAGAGCUGCAUCAAUCCCUAAAAGCUGAUCCUAUCUUAGCAGACAUGGUGGAGGACAUCUCCAUUAAAGGUCGCUAUAAAAGUCGGUUCAGCACAAUGAAGAAGCUCUUGAAAGAUGGUCGCAAGCCAGAGGAAGUAAAUGAUGUUCUAGGUUUACGAGUCAUACUCAAUCCCAGGUCUACAGAAAAUGUGUCAGAAUUAGGUGAAAAGGCAUGCUACAGGACACGUGAAAUUAUCCGAUCUUUGUGGAAAGAAAUGCCACACAGAACAAAAGACUAUAUUGCCAGGCCCAAAGCCAAUGGAUAUAGGAGCCUGCAUAUGGCAGUUGAUGUGAGUGACAAUGGCAAGUCUAGACCACUGAUGGAAAUUCAAAUAAGGACUAUGGAGAUGGACCUGCUGGCAGUUGAUGGAACAGCAUCACAUUCAUUAUACAAGGGUGGACUUACUGAUCCAGAAGAGGCAAAGCGGCUCAAGGCUAUAAUGAUGGCAGCUGCUGAACUUGCAGCAUUGCGUCUUAGGGAUCUUCCAUCCGCUAAAGGUAUUGAGAUUGACCGGAGAGAUAGAGUAUUUCGUCUUUUUGACAAGAAUGGUGAUGGCCAGAUCAGCAUUGAGGAACUUAUGGAAGUGAUGGAAGAGCUUGGUGCCCCAGGGGAAGAUGCAAGGGAGAUGAUGCAGCUCCUUGAUGCAAAUAGUGAUGGUUCUCUGAGCUCUGACGAAUUUGAUACAUUUCAGAAACAGGUUGAAUUCAUGCGGGUUUUAGAGGACAGAGAUGAUGAAUGCAAGACCAUGCUGAAUAAGAAACUUAAAAUGGCAGAAGAUAGUGGCUUGAUUAAGGUAUAUGGCGAAGAGCUUGGCAACAGGCUUGCAAACUAGGAGCUGUUAAAUGCAGUACGUAAUGCCCUCUCACUGAAAAAGUAAUUUUUCUUUAAAAAAGGGUAUAGGUUGCAACUGUAUUCCCAAAUAGGCUAAAGAGCCAUAACAUGAAAUAAAUUUCCAAGGAAAUUAGAAGAGUUUAUUCCCAAAUGGGAAAUUCUUGUAUAGAGUCGUCCAUCAUGGACUUAAAACAGACGUGUGGGGAAAUUUACUUGUAAAAUAAAUGAAAUUCGAAAUUCACGGUGUUUGUGUUCA